GAAAGUUCUCACCGUGGGUACAAACAUGCCGUUUAAUCCUUUUCCCACCAUGGCUGGCGACAUGCAGACGUCGAGUCCUAUUUUCAACCCGGUUGACGACACACAGAUUUUUAGUCCUGGACAAAUAAUUGAAAUAGAAAUCACCCAUUUCAUACAGAACUUUUUGACUGAGUCAGAUACGCCAACUGUACUAUUGUUCCCACCUGACAUACCACCAAACAUGAAAAGUGCGAUCAAGUAUAUUGCUCUGUUAUUCAAUAUGACUACUCUCUUCCUUCAAGAUGGGAUGCUUGCUGUGGUGCGGCAACAACAUUUGCGGUUACCAUACCGAAAUACGACAGACCCCAACAUUGACAGGAACCACGUUCAGGCAAAGCUUCAUGAUACCCUGAUGUCUGCUUAUGCAAGAUUGAUUAUGAAUGGCCAAAGCCAUAUACAGACUCUACACAUGUGCCAUUCCGCCAUAGGUGGAGGGUAUCCGAUGGAUGCAUGGUAUUUCUGUGGAGGUCGGAGAAAUUCUAAACUAAGAUGUUUCUGCGGGAACUCUUGUACGUACCAAUUUACCACCUUAGAAAAACAACUCGCAGAUCCCGAAGACAGCAGUUCCAGCGAAACUGAUGUGGAAAACUUGGUAAAGGAGAGUAAACUAAAUCCUUUGGCCGAGGAAUUUGUGCCGGCUUCCAUGUUUAUGUCUGCAACUCCAAAACCGCACAUACGUAAGCGUUAUCACCUUAAUUGCCCAAGCAGAAUUGUAAUUAAUGAUUUCGUUGCUAAAAUAAACUGUGUUUCAUUUUGGUUAGAAGAAAGUCGAGAAAUCGAAGAGUAUGUGAAAGAUGGUGCAACUAUGGUCUUAGCGGGUCAAAAUUUUGCACCUUUCAUUAGCCCACGAUAUAACAUGAAUUAUAUUGUCGAAUUAUACAACAUCAGCCCUACACAGAAGACAAAUUAUAUCAGGAACAUAUAUUCGGAGCGACCCCUAUACAUCAAAUGGUGUGAUGAUACGAGUGCUUUGCUUGUAUUGCGCUCGGAAACUCAAGCUGUCCGCAUGCUAAGAAUACGGCAUAAGCAAAUCGGUAUUAGGCCUUUUUCAAACGCCAGUCCGCUCGCCGUGGUCAUUGCGUACUAUUGUAAUUUGCAGCCUGCGCACUGGAAUAACACCCUAUAAAUGUACGGAAUUACAUAUAUGUUUAGUUCUUUCACUUUAUUGCCAAUAUACAUGAUGUAAAGGUAUGACAAACUAUAUAGGAUGGUAGGGAUGGUCGAAAUGUUUCUGUUGGGUCUCACUUAAUCUUUUCUCAACAACCAUAACAUGUAAGAUGUAGCUAACAAUAUUACAUAGGUUUUUGGAUGUGCUCGAUCCGACUUUGUAUAAAAAUUCUCACCCCUAAUAGGCUGAGAAAAAUAUUUAAACUUUGAAGAAAUUCUGGAAAUCUGAACAAAUUCCAAAAUUUUUUUAUUUAUUUUUAAAAACCUUCCUUUUAUCUCUUUCAUCGCCAUUUUUUUCGCACCCUAGCGUGGGUAGAAAUCUUUGCAAAAUGGAAAAUAGCAUACUGUCUUAUGGUUGUGUGAAACGAAUUAAAGGAACGCCAAUUUUGCAACAGUGUCAAAAUGAUCAACUCACAUUUACCUUCCUUCGUUUAUAAUUUACGUUACUUUGGUUUGUUUGGAGAAAGUUCAUAUUACACCCCUCUGCUGCCCAAUUUUUGUGACUGCCUGUUACACUGUGUAUAGUAAGAAAAUAUAUUUUAGUUGCGUUGUUCUUUGUAAUAGUUUAUAAGAGUUGUUUUUGAAUUGCUUUACUUAAUGUUCGUAUUACGUUCCUUUGCCACCCAACUUUUGUGCCAGUUCCACUCUAUAUAGUAAGGAAAGAUACUUAAGUUUAGUCGUGUUUUUCUUUGUCAUAUUUAAGUUAUAACAGUUGUUGUUGUUGCACCUUACUAACUGCUUUACUGAAUGGCUACAAUAGUUGUAAAGUAUUGAUUAAUAUUUAAAUAAAGAAU